AUGCCUGAAAAGGUACGUAUAUGCACAUGGUCAUGCACGGCAGGACUGAACCCAUCACUGCCUUCGAUCAGCACCUCACAGCUGUCAACAUCCCUGCCGUGUCCCUGGGACGAGCAUACGCACAACAUGACGCAAUGCAUCUCAAUCACUUCUGACUUGUCCUCAGACUCUCGUAGUAUUGGGCUCUGGGCCUGGCAUUGGCGUAGCAGUGGCCUCUAACUUUUCCGUCCGAGGCUUUACCCACAUCGCCCUCGUCGCUCGCAGCAAAGAUCGCUUGAAAGAAGACCAAGGCAAAGUCCUCGAUGCCAUCCAGGAACGUGGAUACUCGUGCCAGGUCAAGACUUGGCCGUGUGAUCUCUCCGAUCUGCAGCAGCUGAAGAAGACUCUGGCCGACAUCGACGACUUUGGAGGAUUGGAGUGCGUGCUGUUCAAUGCCGCAAGGGUGGCGGGAAAGCCUCCUUUGGAGGAGAACGUGGAGGAUCUCGAGAGAGACUUCAGGGUAACGUUGCAUGAGCUCGCCAAUGAAUGUCCUAGCCACUGAUAUCAACCUUCAUAGCUCACCAACAUAGCCUUGUAUGAGACCGCUCUCUGGGCAAUUCCCAAGCUCAAAGAAGUCUCCGGAGAAGACCGAGCGCCAUCCUUCUUUGUGACAAGCACCACAUUGUUGUACAAGGAGCCCGUACCAGACCUUGUAUCUCUAUCGAUGGUCAAGAGUGCCCAGCGAGCCUUGGUGCUUUCCAUACAUGCCAAGUUCGGCGAGGAUGUGCACGUUGCGCUUCUGAGGUAAGUAAAUUCAGGCCUGAGAGCUGCUGCGUUCUGUUGACAUUCCCACAGCGUCGGCGGUGUUGUCGGCCCGGACAAGAAGGCCUUAUCCCCGGAAAAAAUCGGUCUGUGCUCUUUCUCCCAUACCCCCUCCGCGGCUAACAUAUCAUAGCUGAUCGCUGCUGGAGUUUAUACAAACAACCGAAAGACAAAUGGCAACGAGAAGAAGAGAUCCACGACGAUGGCGCAUAA